AUGUCUUAUUCGACUCGCUCAUGCAAAUUCACUGCGACUGCUCAGCCCAACUACCGCAUCCUUGCUGGGAUCCAGACUGAGGGACAGAAGCCUCGUCGCACACCCACGGAGGCGGCGAAUGAUCGUGAGCAGGCUGGGGUGAGGCGUCUCGAGAUCCAGGCGAAGCAGCGUGCACUAGCACAGCGCAUUGCGGAGCUUGAGCGAGAGAUGAAGAACGAGGAUGAGCAUUAUGCCACAGAGGUAGCCCGAACCCCAGCGUCACUGAAGGCGAUCACUUCUGAGCAUCGUGCUGUCGUUGCUGGGGGUUCAAGUAUUCCUCUUCAGACGGAUGAUGGCAAUGCAGGUCGUGAAGAAGACGAUGCACCUUUGGUUGCCAAGGCUAAGCCUGGGAAGGUUAAGAAACUUACCCGGACUGACGUUGAUGCAGCACACAAGGUACUCGAGGCCAACGCGACUUCGGGUCCCGCUUCUGUGCUUGCACGCGGCGAGGAGAACAUGCCCCCUGUGGCUGCAUCUGGUGGCCUUGUGCGUCCCUCGAAGCGGAAGGAAGUCCCAGCUAUGUCGUCUGAGUCUCACGCUUCAAAGAAGCUGAAGCCUGCUCACCCAACAGGCGUCCGGAACACUUGGACGCCGAAGCCAGUGAAGCCGCCCCACAAGUCGAAGUCGAAAUUUGCCAAAGCAGCUUCUGCCCCGAGUGGUACAGGUAUCGUCAUCAACGCUGGAGGUGGUGGAUUACAGGACUCCGGAGACGAGAAUGGGGAUGUGGAGCGUGCUGCGCUGCACGGCUCGGGUGCAAGGGCCCAGGGACGCCACACGAGCAAUGGUAUUGUCCACAUUGAUCUGACUCAGUCCCAGGAGACUCAGUUGGCUGAUGAUCCUGUCGAGGCUGUGGCACGUCGCGGCAACAGCAGUAAGAGAUUUACUAACUCCGAUCUCCCCAUUCCCUUGGGUCUCCUUUGGAAGUGGCGUCUCCAGCUCAUUCCACGCUAUCUGGAGAAGAUCGGCGAGUCAGCAUGCAAUCCCUGGAACGUCGUCGGCCUGGAUCUCGUUGCCAUGCUACAGCAGCUCUGGGAUGAAAUUUUCCCUGACAUUCCUAUCAUUGUCACCCCUCGCGAAGCCGUCUAUGAUGUGGCCCAGCAGCGUGUCCGUGAUUGGCGCCACAAGAUCGCAGAGGCUGGAGUGGCUGCAGUUGCGAACUUCUUCGUGCUGCAGGCAAAGAAUGGAGGUGUCGAGACUGAGGAGGAAAUCGCGGAAUACGUCAAGUGGGCCCUCGGCUCAGGCAUGCCUUUUCGGUAUGCAGGAGCAACGAUGAAAGGCCCUGAUGGCAAGGUUCCUCUGCCGGAUUCGAAGGGCCCGUUCCAGUCUGAGUUCGUCCUCCGCACUCUCGGAGCUCAUUUUGCGUGUACCAACCGCUGCUCAGAGAUUGCCGGGAUUCCUGACGCCGCGCUUGCACUCUGUAUCACCUCGGUCGAGCGCGCACUCAAGCGUUGGGAGAGUGGUAGUAUUGCGGAUGUUCCUGAGCCGAAGUUCAGUCAAGAGACUUAUGGCCGGAUCACGAACUACUACCUGAACUCGGUCUGCAACUUGCGCGAGGCGACUUGGGCGAAAAUAAUCGAGGGUGGUGAACGCUGGAGGUGCACAUUCAGACUUCUCCCUGGUGACUUUAGCGAUAGCGAGUGGGAGGCUGGUGCAGAUGGUGAACGUGGGGCUAUAGAGGACGAUUCUGACUGA